UGGCGGUGAGGGCGGGCGUUUGUAAUUCGAUAUGACUGUUCGCAUCGCUGGUAGGGGCUCCGGUUACGUCUAGACCCCAGUCAGGUCGCAUAGUCCGAAAGAAUAAACCUUUGACACAACUUGCAACUCCCAUCCACGUCCACAUCCAUUCUGCUUGUGUAGUAUACAUCACAAUGCUUCAGCAGCGGUCGUCACGAUUGAUAUCCUCGCUGUCCCAUUGCGCGUUCCGCUCGUCAGCAGCACCGCUCAGCGCCUCGCUGCGAUGUCGGACGAGGAGACCGUACAGCAUACACGCCGAUGUAUCUGUUGGCGAAAAGAUCCGGGACAUUGAUCCCACCAAGCUCAGCAUCACCAGGACGACCACACCAAAGGACCUGUUGCCUCACGAGGAACUCGUCUUUGGUCGUAACUUCUCAGACCACAUGCUCUCGCUCGAAUGGACAGCAACCCAAGGAUGGCUUCCAGCGCGUAUCACGCCCUACCAGAACCUCAGUCUCGACCCCGCAACCUGCGUCUUCCACUAUGCAUUCGAGUGCUUCGAGGGCAUGAAGGCCUACAAGGAUAAGAGCGGCAACAUUCGGCUCUUCAGGCCGGAUAAGAACAUGGCCAGGCUGAACAAGUCAUCUGCCCGAAUUGCAUUGCCUACAUUUGACCCAGACGCCCUGACUGAGCUCAUUGGCAAGUUUGUCAAGGAGGACGAGCGGUUCGUUCCCGAUGCACGAGGAUAUUCUCUCUACCUUCGCCCCACCAUGAUCGGCACUCAGCGCACCCUCGGUGUAGGCCCUCCGGCUUCGGCACUGCUCUACGUGAUUGCUUCGCCAGUUGGCCCCUACUACCCCACCGGCUUCAAGGCCAUUUCACUCGAAGCCACAGACUAUGCUGUGCGCGCAUGGCCAGGAGGUGUCGGUGACAAGAAGCUUGGUGCCAACUACGCGCCGUGCAUUGUGCCACAAAUGCAGGCUGCAAGCCGUGGAUUCCACCAGAACUUGUGGUUGUUUGGUGAGGAGGAGUACAUUACCGAAGUCGGCACCAUGAACUUGUUCGCUGCGAUCAAGAACAAGGAGACUGGAAAGCCAGAGCUGCUCACUGCGCCGCUCGACGGUACCAUUCUCGAGGGAGUCACACGUGACUCUAUUCUUGAGCUUGCGCGAGAGCGCUUGGUGCCCAAGGGCUGGGCUGUGACUGAGCGCAAGUUCACCAUGAAGGAAGUGGCCGAUGCCGCUGACGAGGGACGCAUGAUGGAGAUCUUUGGCGCAGGAACCGCUGCCAUUGUCGCUCCAGUCCGAAAGAUCAGCUGGAAGGGACGUCUCAUCGACUGCGGGCUUGAGGACCACGUUGAAGCUGGACCUGUUGCUCAGCAGAUGAAGGAAUGGAUGGAGGCGAUCCAGUAUGGUGACGAGGACCACCCAUGGAGCUACAAGGUCAUUUGAACAAGCAGAGGUUGAUCAAAGUCGUGCUUUCUUUUGCGUUGUUUCUCCAUACAGGUCAUGAGACGGAUAGACGUGAUGAAGGACAUUGCGGGGCUAUGGAUGCGUGGGGUGAUGGGAAGAAUUAUAGAAGGCAAUGUCCUUGCAGUAGACUAGAGGGGCCUCAAUCACGCGUUUGUGUCUGUGCCAAUUCAGCCCAGUCUUGACUGUGCGGGUGAAGCAAUAUCGUGUCGAAUAUAAGGGUGAAUACUGGCCCAUGUACCUG